CUUUUCUUCUCCGACUAUCUUCUUCUCUUAUGUUUCAACUACCAAGAAGUUCUUCUGGACCUAACACUAUCACAUCUCUUUAGAAGAAAAACUAGCAAGAAGUUCUUUGAUUAUGGUAAUCUAAGAAGAAAACAUUUAUUUUUAGUACUUAUAAAAGAAGAUUAAAAUUGAUGGACUCUUUGCAAAUGCACUCCCAAGUCGCAACACAUGUAUUUGAGCCGGACAUGGUAUAAAAUAAAUAUGUACAUGUUUUCAUGAUCUUUGUUGAUUUAACUACUUUUCAAGCAGCAUUCUACCAUACAUGGAAGCAAAGAAUUAAUGCGGUCACAACCAGCAAUCUAUUCACUCUUCCACCGUCUUCAAGAAAUCCACAACACAAUCACCGCAAGAAGACAUAAAAAAUCUCUCAAGCAACCUUAUGCAACUCUGGUUAAUCUGAACUCACAUCGAGUAACGUUUCUACUAUGGAUUCCUUGUUUAUCUGUUUUUGCCUAGGAUUCAAAGCCAUAGGCUCUUAUUUUGUAAAGCAAAACCUAUUGAUUUUAUAGAGAUACUAAACUCAUAGCAUAAAACAAAACCCAACUAUUUUUCAAUUCUAGUUUUAGUUUAUGUAUUGAAGUUAAUUACUGUUGUGCACAAAAAAAAAAAGAAGUUAAUUACUAAUCAAUCCGGUUUAUUCCGGUUCAUCCCGGUCUGCUCACGGGUAAGUAAAUGCAUCUUCUUUGUUUCUUUUAGAAGCGCUGUGACUUGGACUUUGCAUAGACUCUCUGAAUCGUCUCGGUUCUCUCAUUAGUUUAAGUAUGAGGCUUUGCUCCCAGAAGUGCCAAUGGUCUAGCCGUUCUCACUUUCCGGUGGAAGCGAAGCCAAUGAUCUCAAACUAUCUCAUCAAACGAGUCACAUUCGCGCAAUGAUGAUCUCUUUAGCGCUCUUUCUAUCAUUUUCCCCUGUUUUUGUCUGCUCCUUCUUCUUCUUCUUCUUCUUUGAGGCUAUUUGAUGAUACAUUCGAAGUCAACUGAACAGAAGUUGAUGUCGCUCUGUUUUUUGGCGGGGCUACAAAAUUUGUACACAUUGAAGAGAGGUCUUCUCUUCUUUGCUACCUUUUUUUGUUAGCAGCCAUGGCUGAGUGAAUAUUCUUCCACCUGUCUGAGAGAAGGGUAUUCUGAUUUGCUCAAUAAUACUUAUAUGUUUUUAAUUUUGAUUAAUUCUGUUCAAUUGGUAGUCUGAGUGAUGAAAUUAGAUAGAUCUCAGAGCAGCAACAGAAGCAGUAUCUGAGAAAAGGUCUAGUCUUUGUAUUAGUUGAAACUUGUAAACCAUAUUCUUUCUUCUUAGCUACUACCUUUUCAAUGACAUGCUUCUGAAUGGUUAUUACAGCAAUAAGGAUACAUCAGUGUUUUGCUUGAAAAGUAAAUUGUGGGCCUAAAACCAUUUUUAAAGAAUGAAUGAAACAAUUAUGAAAGUGGUCAACUUUGGGAACAAAGUUUGUGCCUUUGUGGUGCUCUAUUCAGCUUUCUCUAAGUUUGUGACAACAAACUGAUGUGAGUUGUAUCUUGUUUUUGUUCAAGAUUGUGACUUUUGUGGUGGGAUUAUUUCAAUUUAUCAGUUUAGCCUACCUAGGUUCUGUUGAGUGGAAUUAUUGGUUCUCAGAUCUCAAUUAAUUUGAGAACUCUUAUCAGAAACUAUUCCAAGAUAAGAAGGUGUUUUUUUUCUCUAUCUCAUAGCCUCAUUGGUAUAGACCUUUUUGUGUUUUGGCAGUAUUGUUUUGGGAGAAACCAACUGGAUUUUAACGAAAUAUUGUUAAACCAAAGGUUUGUUUUCUUGGAGAUUGAGCUUAGCUUUGUUUGGAUCAUUCGGCCACUUGUGUGAGAGUUUGAUUGAUGGUUAGUCUUUUUUAUAUCAUCAUCAUGCUUUGAUAGUUGAGAGAGAGGAAGAGGCAGAAUCAUCACAAGUUCUGAUAAAGGACAAAACCUUUUCUGAUGCAACUCACGUUUUCACUUCACAAGCUCCAAAAGAGUUUACUUGGGAAAACAAAAGUUUGACGAAUGCAAAACCAAUUUUGUUAGCAUAAGACCAAACCUACUUCUUCGUCUGCCUCUUUGCCUGUAUUUGAGUUGUUCUUGUUUUGAGAGAAAGGGUGAGAAAAUGUCUGCCUGUUUGUGUCUUGUUUUCCUGUUCUUCUCUAUUGUUGCAGAAGCAACGUAUUCUCCAGGAGGUUUCCACCAUCUUUCUUCUCUAAGACUAAAGAAGAAGGUGUCCAAGUCAAAACAUGAGUUACCUUUUGAAACUCGUUACUUCCCUCAAAAUCUUGACCACUUCAGUUUCACACCAGACAGCUACAAAGUCUUCCACCAGAAGUACCUCAUCAACAACCGUUUCUGGCGAAAAGGUGGUCCCAUCUUUGUUUACACUGGAAAUGAAGGAGACAUCGACUGGUUUGCUUCCAACACCGGUUUCAUGCUGGAUAUUGCUCCCAAGUUCCGGGCUCUUCUUGUUUUCAUUGAACACCGGUUCUAUGGAGAAUCAACGCCAUUUGGGAAGAAGUCGCAUAAGUCAGCUGAGACAUUGGGUUACCUAAACUCUCAGCAAGCGUUGGCUGAUUAUGCAAUCCUGAUAAGAAGCUUGAAGCAGAAUCUAUCGUCUGAGGCAUCGCCUGUGGUUGUCUUUGGUGGCUCUUAUGGUGGAAUGCUUGCAGCGUGGUUCAGACUCAAGUAUCCCCACAUAACAAUCGGUGCAUUGGCAUCCUCCGCUCCAAUACUUCAUUUCGAUAACAUUGUACCAUUGACAAGCUUCUAUGAUGCCAUUUCUCAGGAUUUUAAGGAUGCAAGUAUUAAUUGUUUCAAAGUCAUCAAGAGAAGCUGGGAAGAGCUAGAGGCAGUUUCAACUAUGAAAAAUGGCUUGCAAGAACUCAGCAAAAAGUUCCGAACUUGCAAGGGCCUUCAUUCUCAAUAUUCAGCCAGAGAUUGGUUAAGUGGAGCAUUUGUUUAUACAGCCAUGGUUAAUUAUCCAACUGCAGCUAAUUUCAUGGCGCCACUGCCUGGUUAUCCCGUAGAGCAGAUGUGCAAGAUCAUCGACGGGUUCCCUCGAGGAUCCAGUAAUCUUGACCGUGCCUUUGCUGCUGCAAGCUUAUACUACAACUAUUCGGGAUCAGAAAAAUGCUUCGAGAUGGAACAACAAACUGAUGAUCAUGGACUUGAUGGUUGGCAAUAUCAGGCGUGUACAGAGAUGGUGAUGCCAAUGAGCUGCUCGAACCAGAGCAUGCUCCCUCCGUACGAAAAUGACUCUGAGGCAUUCCAAGAACAAUGCAUGACUAGAUACGGAGUCAAGCCUCGACCCCAUUGGAUCACCACAGAAUUUGGUGGAAUGAGGAUAGAGACAGUACUGAAGAGAUUUGGAAGCAACAUCAUAUUCUCCAAUGGAAUGCAGGACCCUUGGAGCCGUGGAGGGUAAGUGGUACUACACAGUACUAUUCGGUUUUGGUUCUUAAACAGAUGGAUUAUUUUCAUCAAAUUUUCAGGGUUCUGAAGAACAUUUCAAGUAGCAUCGUUGCGCUUGUGACCAAGAAAGGAGCUCACCAUGCAGAUCUCAGGGCUGCUACAAAAGAUGACCCAGAGUGGCUGAAAGAGCAGAGGAGGCAAGAGGUUGCCAUUAUAGAGAAAUGGAUCAGUGAGUAUUACAGAGAUUUAAGAGAAGAGCAAUAGAGGAGCCAAACAAAAGUUUAUUGCACUAAAAAUCAACAAAUAAAGAAACUAGGUGUUUUUGAUUCGGUUCGUGUAACAAAGUAAAAGCUUCACCAGGAAUUUGUAUUCCCUCAAACAAAAUAAUCUGAUGUUUGUUUCUCUAUGGAGUGAAUUCUGUAACUAAUAUCUGAUUAUAUCGUGGCAUUCAUGAAAAUGUUAUGGAACAAAGAGGGUAUCAUCGCAAAUAGUCAAAAAUGUCACGCG